AUGUUCUCGACGAGCCCUGUGGAGGAAGGGGAAAGAGUGGAGGAGGAGGGGAAGGCGCUGCGACCAUCUGUGCAUCGGAAAUUCCUGGGCAAGGGCCAACCCUUCGUCGACUUCAAAAUCGUGAAAGUAGCAGCCGGCCAAGGCGGGGACGGCGCCAUCACAUUCUUUAAAUCGUCACGCAACCCGAUGGGUCCGCCCUCCGGCGGCAACGGAGCGCGCGGGGGUAGCGUAUACAUCGUGGCUUGCAAGGAGAUCACGUCGCUGAAUGGUGUGAAGAAUCGGUAUGCGGCGCCUAUGGGGGGCAAUGGGCAGGGGAAGCAGAUGCAUGGCGCUGAGGGAGCGGAUGUGGAGAUCAUGGUGCCACUGGGGACGAUGGUGCGCAAAACCCACCCAGACCACCUCUUCGACUCCUUCAACCUCACCACCCACGGCGACCGUCACCUCGUCGCCCGCGGCGGCCGCGGCGGCCACGGCAACCCCCAUUUCGUCUCCUCGGACAUCCGCGGGCCCGCCAUCGCCGGCCGCGGCCAGCCGGGCACAACCGUCUACCUCCAACUCGAGCUCAAAACAAUCGCAGACGCAGGCCUGGUCGGUCUCCCCAACGCCGGAAAAUCCACCUUCCUCGCCGCCGUCUCCAACGCGCACCCGCGAAUCGCGCCGUACCCGUUCACAACCCUCAACCCGUACGUCGGGACCAUCGAUUUCCCCGACUUCUACACAAUGACCGUCGCGGAUAUCCCCGGCCUGAUCGAGGGCGCGCACCGCAACGUCGGGCUCGGGCACCGGUUCCUCCGGCACGUCGAGCAGAGCCGCAUGCUCGUCUACGUCAUCGACGUGGCAGGCCCGCACCCGUGGCGCGAUCUCGAGAUCCUGAAAACAGAGCUGGAGACGUACCAGCCAGGGCUGACGGGCAAACCGAGCCUGGUUAUUGCGAAUAAGGCGGAUCUGGGACGCGUGGCGAGGGAGAAUGUCGCGAGGUUGAGGGAACAGACCGACGCGCCGAUUGUGCCGGUUUCCGCGAUGGAGCGGAAGAACAUUACGAGGGCGACGGCGUUGAUGAGGGAGAUGGUGGAGAAGAUUAGGAAGAGCGAGGGCGGGGGUGAGGCGUAA